CUCUGCUCCCAUCGCCAUUGCUGCUCUCUCUUCUUCCUCCUCCCACCCUGCCUCAUCGGCUCCUCUUCUUCUCACAAAUUUUCCUCGAAAUUUCGUGGCCGCCUCCUGUUCGUUCCUGUAGACGAACGGGAGAGUGAUUGCUCAGCGGCAGGAGGAAGGAGCCUGCCUCGACCGGUUGGCCGGAGGCCAAUUUUGAUGCGUGGCCUCCUCGAGGUCCACGCGAUUGGCAGGGACGCCGCGUCGACGAGCUCAUCGAAACUGAAGGCCGUUCCCGCAUUGGACAUGAUGAGGUACCAAAGGCUCAGCCCGGACUGCCUCCCGCUCGCCAACGGUGGCGGCAGCGGCGGCGUUGCACGCAAGCCGGCCUCGAGAUCCUUUAGAGACGACGAAGGACCGGCCGCCGCCACCGACGGUUCCCGACUGGCCUCGUACCUCGCCGCCUCCCAGGCGGACUCCAAGCCGCCGGUGCGGGCGCGCGCACCGCAGCCGCCGGCCGCGCGGAGCCCGGCGCGGGACCACGGCCAGCACCACCCAUCCGACUCCUCCGACACGGCUUCCCCAAGCUCCACCGGCGCGGGCUCCGGCCCGGUCGGCGGCGACGUGCUGCUACAGUGGGGACACAACAAGCGGUCCCGCUGCCGGCGCGACUCCUCCGCGGCGUCCUCGUCGGCGUCGCCGUCCUCGCAGCGUCGGCAGACCCUCGGCAACGGCAAGAUCCAGCGGCGCGCGUCGGCGCCGGCGCCGGCGGAGAAGUUGAUGCCCCCUCCUCCGGCCACGAUCACGCGGGGGUCCAACCUGAGGUCCUCGUCGUCCUUCCCACCCCGCGUCGCCGGAGGAGACGCCAACCACCAGCUUCCCCACCACGGCAGGUCCGUUGAGGAGCGAUCGGGCGGCGUGCACAAGCGGUCGUCGCCCGACAAGGCGCCGCACCACAAGCCCCCCGCCGCGGAGCAUCACAUGGAUUCCAAGAACGCCCACCACCACCACCACCACCACAGCAACAACCACGACUCGCAGCUGGUGGCCGCCGACAACGGCACGGGCGCCGGCGAGAAGCUGGGCGGGGAGCGGUUGGAGCUUCCCCGGAUCUACAUCUCGCUGUCCCGCAAGGAGAAGGAGGACGACUUCCUGGUGAUGAAGGGCACCAAGCUGCCCCAGAGGCCCAAGAAGCGGGCCAAGAACGUGGACAAGUCGCUCCAAUUCGUGUUUCCAGGGAUGUGGCUCUCGGAUUUGACCAAAGGCCGGUAUGAGGUGCGAGAGAAGAAAUGUGCCAAGAAGUGUCUCCCAUCAGGUUAUCGCUUCGAGCUCGGCACUAACAUAAACCUCUGUCUCGUGAUCUGGAAUGCAGAGGCGAAGAGGGCUGAAGGGGAUGGAGAGCAUGGACAGCGACUCGGAGUGAAGAGCGCAGAGGAGAGGAGACGGACAAGCAAAGAAGAUGGGGAUGUCAUGUGUGGUGGCCGGGAGCGAGGGGUGUUAUGUUAGGAGAAGAAACAAAACCGGUAGAGAGAGCUUAGCCGAAAGGAAUGGACGCGACAUUUGUAAAUGGAGACGGAGGCGGCAUAGCCGCAGGCAAGAGUUCGCGUGCGUGCUCGCCUUGCAGACAAAUGAUGAUGAUGAUGAUGCCUCCCCCAGGCUGUUUUUCCUUUUGCGGGGGCUUGGUUCGAAAAUCUCGUUUUGAGCUCGA